CGCCGAGGCGGGGUCCGCUCUAGGCAGCGGCGGCGCGGGACGAGGUGAAGGGAGGGGCGACCAUAGAGAUCUGGAGGACCGAGGGCGCCCCCCUGCGGACGCAGGUGUCUGUGGGGGGGUUUCGCCUGUCCGGGCACGUCGGGAGAAACCGGGUUUGUUCUGUUCCAGUGUCGUACCGGGAUGAAGCCUGGCGGCACCUACAAGCAGCUGGACCCACUGGAGGACCGUGGGGUGCAGCCCACCCGCUUCCCACCGAAGGGCACCGACACCCCCUCUCCAUCGCUGUCCUCCCGCAGCGUGUUGCUCUCCGCCAUCCUCCUCGCCCUCUUCGUCCUCAUCUUCUUCCUCUUCAUCGAUCUCCGGCUGAGCUCAGCCCUCCGCCUUGGCGCCGGCGGUGACGCUGGUGGCGACGCCGGAUCCUGCGGUGACGCGUGCCGGAUCGUCCUGGUGGAGAGCAUCCCAGAGGGAAUGACCUUCAGCGAGGGUUCCGUGCCGAAUCCAUCCACCUUCUCCACGUGGAAGAACCUCUUGGGGACCGUCACCCGCAGCCUGGACAUCGCUUCCUUCUACUGGACCAUGACCAACGAGGACACACGGACGCACGAACCCUCUGCCGUCCAGGGUGAACAAAUCCUGGAGGAACUACUCCAAUUAUCCCAGCGCGGCAUCACUGUCCGAAUCGCCGUCAGCAGCCCAUCGGCAAAAUCGCCCCUGAACGAUCUCCAAGCACUGGAGCAGAGUGGUGCCGCGGUGCGCACCGUCGAUAUGCCGCGGCUCACUGGCGGCGUGCUGCACACCAAGUUUUGGCUCGUCGAUGGCACCCACCUCUACGUUGGGAGCGCCAACAUGGACUGGAGGUCUUUGACCCAGGUGAAGGAGCUCGGCGCCGCCGUCUACAACUGCAGCUGCUUGGCCAAAGAUUUAGGCAAAAUCUUUGAAGCUUAUUGGGCUCUUGGCAUUCCCGGUGCUUCCAUCCCAGUACCGUGGCCGGCAAAUUAUUCCACCACCUUCAACAUGGAGACGCCGUUGGAGUUGAAGCUCAAUGACACCGAUGCUGCCGUCUACUUCUCGAGCUCCCCGCCGGCUCUCUGUGCCACCGGUCGGACUCAGGAUCUCGGCGCCCUCCUCAACGUCAUCGAUGCCGCCGAGGACUUCGUGGACAUCGCGGUGAUGAGCUACCUACCCACCACCGAAUUCUCCCACCCUCAGAGAUUUUGGCCGGCAAUCGAUAACCGGCUGCGGAAAGCCGUCUUUGAACGCCGGGUCAAGGUUCGGUUGUUGGUGGGUUGUUGGCGGCACAGCCAAGCGACCAUGUUCCCCUUCCUCAAAUCCCUCGCCGCCGUUGCCGAUAAUCGGACCCGCUACAGCGUGGAGGUGCGGCUUUUCAUGGUGCCGACGAGUGCGGCGCAAGCCCAGAUCCCCUACGCCCGGGUGAACCACAACAAGUACAUGGUGACGGAGAAGGCGGCGUAUAUCGGGACAUCCAACUGGUCUGGCGACUACUUCAUGCAGACGGCGGGAUCGGCGCUGGUGGUGAACCAGACGGUGAGCCAAACCGGUGCCAACACCAGCACCAUCCGGGAGCAGCUGCAGGCGGUUUUUGAGCGGGAUUGGAGCUCCCAGUACAGCGCCGACAUCGAGGAUGCCGAGCAGUGGGAGAGCCUCUGUGGCUCCCGUUAGGUGCCGGGGAACGGGCCAGCGGUGAACCACAGGUUCUGGUUUUGCCAAAUCUGACUGUCCCGCUCCGAUUUGGGGAAAAAACCCAGAAAAAACAGAGUUUUUCUGGA